UGGAUCGGAUCCCGCCUGCCCUUCCUGCACUCCAGUCGACUCGACUCUCUCCCAGCUGACGGUCGCCAAGGCUUUUGCUCAGGGGGCAGGUCGGGCUGGUGUGUGCCGAACCGGGGCAAACGGAGCGCAGCAUGGCCGGAGACCGGAGCGCAGCGGCGCCGCUGCUGCUGGUGAUCUACCUGUGGGCAGGAUGGACACAGUGCUUGCAGAUCCUCCCUGGUCCAACACCCGAAGAGAAAGCUGUUGGCGACAGUGUGAGGUUGGACUGCCGGUUCACAGUGGACAAGAAUGAUAUUGGUCCAUUGGACAUCGAGUGGUCGAGGACACCCCCUGAUCCAACAUCUUCCCCGAUUAUUAUCAUUGACUAUUCAGGGGACAGGACCUAUGAAACCCGUGUUGAAGAUAUGAAAGGCCGCUUACACUUCAGCUCACCGGAUCCCAAGAACGGCGAUGCUUCCAUCAACAUCACACGGCUGAAGUCCAGCGAUUCCGGCAUGUACCACUGCAAAGUGAAGAAGUCUCCUGGUUCAAAGACCAAACCAAUGAAGCUGGAAGUUUCAAUGAAGCCAUCACCUCCAACGUGUUUUGUGGAUGGAAGCCAAGAGGUUGGAAAGGACGCAGUGUUGAAAUGUUCAAGCCAGGGCACCCCUCCGAUCACGUACAUCUGGACCAAGCAAGGAUCUUCACACCUGCUCCCUUCCACUGCAGUUGCCGAUAUAUCUGCAGGAACUCUGAAAGUGAAAAACGCCACUCUGGAUUACUCUGGUGACUAUAAGUGUGUUGCAAGGAACAGAGUUGGAAGUUCAGAAUGUGUCGUCAAAUUUUCCGUCUCUUCCUCGGGAAACAACGGUGGCAAGAUAGCGGGAGCCAUUAUUGGAGUCUUGCUCGCUUUACUGUUGAUUGGCAUCGUCAUCUGGUUCAUCCUUCGAAGGAAGAAGAAGACAACUUAUGAGAAGGAGCAGCCUUUCGAAAUACGGGAAGACGUUCCUCCCCCAAAGAGCCGGGUUUCCACAGCUCGCAGCUACACCGUGGACUCCCAGCGUUCAUCUCUGGGCUCGAUGUCUCCCUCCAACAUGGAGCCCUACAAGUCCCACUACAACCGACUGGCCACAGACGAGCUCGAGCACCCUCCUUCUCACAACCCGCACCUGACUCCUUCGUACAAGGUAGCCGCUCCGAGUCUGAACCGGAUGGGAGCCGUUCCUGUCAUGAUCCCGGCACAGCACCGUGACGGUUCCAUUGUGUAGCACCCUACCUUCCCCCCACCCCCCCCACCAAGCCCCUCAACCCCCUCGACCCAGAAUAAAUCCCAUCUCAUUGGUUGCCUUUGACCAGACUGUGUGAAUUGCAAAGGAAGUUUCUAAUUGAAAAUCCGCCUGUUUGACCAGACCGAGAUGCGAAUGCUCUACAAGUCCUCGUGUUCAGAAAGAGUCUGGUUUAAAUCUUCUCUCAAUGGUGCAAAUUUUGUGUAUAAUGACAAGAGUUGUGUGUGAUGUUGUUUUGUGCGUUUUGUUUUAAAAAGAUUGUCUUCUCCCCGAACUAGUUGGUUAUGCAACGCAGAACCUUACACAACAGAAUGCCAUCCUCUGGAUCUGUAAUGAGAAGUUUGGGAUUGGAUGUGAGGGAGAGGGGAGGAAACUGCUGGGGUUCCCAAACAUCACCAUCAACCACGAGAUGGUGCACUUACCACGGGCUUGGGCAAGAUCUGGUUCACUGAUGUUCACAGGUGAAGCCAGCUUGAAGUUUGCCCUGGGGAGUGCCUGCUUCAAACUCAUAGCCUGGCAGUCACAAGGGGCACAUUUGCUCAAUAUGUAAUGCAGCUACCGCUGUGCCUCCAGUGGUAGUUGCAUUACCACAGAAUGUGCUCUAUACAGCAAGCCCCCAGAAUCAUCAGUGGGGUUCCCUUCAUGCUAUGCAUGGGUAUACAGCCAUUGUUUUCAUUGAAUCAAAGAGCAUAGAAGGCCAUUCUUUGAAUCCAUGCUAGAUCCUAGCUGCGCAAUCCCAUCAGUCCCAUUCCUCCAUGCUUUCCCCACUAAUCUGCAAAUUAUUCUCUCUCAAGCACCUGUACAUUUCCCCUUUGAAGGCUCUAUUUUCCCUACAAGCAGUGAGUUCCAGAUCAUAACCACUGCGGAGGAAAAAGAAAUCCUCACGUGCCCCUCUAUCAUUUUCCCAAAAUUUAAAACCCAUGUCCACUUAUCCCUGAACCAUCUACUAAUGGGAACAGCUUCCCUCUCUUCACCCUGUCUCAGCCAGUCUUUUGUACUUCCACCAAAUCUCCUCGCAAUCCCAGCCUCUCAGGUUGAACCUUGCAGCUGAAGUCCCUCAUCCCCAGAAACAUUCCAGCAAAUCUCUCCCGGAACUUCUCCAGGGGCCUGCACAUCCUCCCCCAACAUGUGGUGACGGGAACUGGAUCCAUUGCUCUAGGUUUUGGAUGCACAUUGUGGCCCCCAACUUCUGCUUUGCUGUGUGUGUAAUUAAGUUCCCUGGAAAGCCCAAACCGUCUGGGUCAUGUUGACUCUUACUCUGUCAGUUUUCUGAUAUCACUGAAGCAUUGUGUCUUUUCCCCCCAGUUAGAAAAUGAAGCUUUCUGCAAUUGCUGGAAGGUCUAAUUGACUUUGUAUUGUUUUACCCACUGUUGAAGUUUGUUUUUUAUUACGUUCCCAUGUUGCGUGGUUCAAUGUGCAGUGAAAACUGUUCAAGGACAAGGCCAUGUCCCCCGAAGGUUUUCACCACCAAAGAUUCAGCGCAGGAAUGGCGGACACAAUGUUCCAUUCCAUACAGAGCCAACCAGGCGGACCAGGACUCCGGCAGAUGCUGGAAACCUGGAGCCACACACAAAAUGCUGGUGGAACUCAGCGGGUCAGGCAGCAUCUAUGGAGGGAAAUGGGCAGUCAAUGUUUCGGGUCGAGACCAUCUCAACCCGAAACGUCGACUGUCCACCUCCUGGCCCCUCUGAGUUCCUCCAGCAUUUUGUGUGUUGCUCCUGAAUUAAGAGAUGGGUUUCUACAAUUCAGGGAGAAGGAAAGUUAAACCCGAAAGCCUGCCUCAUGUUGCUUCUUUGCGCUAAUCCCUCAGAGCAGGGCAUCCGCUAUCCUUUCCUGGUGUGGACCAUGUGUGACUCCAGACCCAGCAAUGCGGCUGAUACUUACUUAUGCUCGGAAACACCCAACAAUGAGAAUUAAUGCUGAGAAAUAAAUGGGACAGGGGAGGAGAAGCAUCUGAAAACUGACACGUUGCAACUCUUGUUUAAUCUUACAUUUAAACAGAGUUUUCAUUCACUUUUAUAUGAGCUCACCAACCCUGGUCUUCCCCCCAUAAGGCACAGUGCGACCUUUAAGGGGAACUUGGAGAUAUAAGUUGUAGAAUAAUAGCAAACAAUUCUUUAGCCCAGCCUCAUUAGAGGAGACCUCAUGCAAGGUUUGUUCAUUUAUGUGAAACCUAGGAAUAAGUCUGUUGUAAGUUUAUUAUGUAAAUGUUUUGUCAUAAGUUCUAAUGUUGAAGUGUGUUGCUCCAACUUCUGAUUUGUUGGACUUUUAUCCUUGUUUUGUUUAAUCUGGUACUUCAGGGCAGUAUCCAGCUUGUGUUGACUUAUAUGAAGGAUUGAUACUGAUCAGUGAGAAGGAUAUAGUUGAGCCCAAUGCUGUAUAUAUUGCCUGCAUGCAAACUUAGAUAGUUUAUGAUAUGUACUUGCAUAAUGUGUGGAUCCCAGGUUUGACCCUCAUUUUGCUGUUGUGCAUUUCACUGGGGUCGGGUCCAAAGUUCUUUGUAGUUAGCCUUUUAGUUUUGAUGUGUUCCUAUUUCCUAUUUUGAUUUAUUGUAGUGUGAAAUGCAAUUUGAACACCACAUUGUUUUGAACUUGGUGUAUCACUAACAGGACUAACAAGGAAUCAGGUUCCACCCCAAACUCUUGACGUUCUCAUUCUCAAUGCGAGUGGUGGGUUUGGACUUGUCCUCUGUACAGAUGGGCUAAUGGAAGUGGGGAGUGGGUUGUUUGGGAGGUAGUGGUAAUCAGCAUUGGCGAGUGUACAGCUGGGCAUGAGUCCUGAUUACUGUCGAAGUGCCCUCUGUUGGAGGGAACGCACAUGAUAUCUGUGAUGUUUACUGCAGUUGUACAGCCAUUCAAAGCCCUGUCUCAGUGGGAGGAGAGGACACCUAAAUAACACCCCAGAGGGCAGUCUGAUCAAAACAGUGGUCUGUGCCAUCAAAAGCAUAUGAGGCAGCCCAAGUGAUAGCAGUUAGGAUAGUGAGCAGCACUCUUAAUUUUGGUUUUCAGCUGGUGGGGGGGUUGGUUAACAUGUGGAGAGGGGGAAGAGGAACUGUGCUUGGAAGGGCUUUGCUUUCAAUCCCCACAUGUAAACAGAAUAUAUAUAAAAAGAAAUGUUGAAUGAUGAUCGGCUUUAUAAAAUUCGCCAGGAUUAUUGACUGGGUGUGGUAGACUUGCUGCCUUUUACUGUUGUGUGUGGUCCUAGGUCAGUCCUAUUUAUUUAUUUGAGAAUUUGUCUGUCAAGUGGUCAACAGGCCCCAAGAUAGUGACUUGGUUCUUGAUUUAAGCCAGAUCCUUCCUCCUGCAGUCAGAACGAAUGCAAGAACAAAUCCUUCCUUUGGAGAAACUGUUAUGUUUAGACCCUUGUUCUAUAUGUAGAAAUCUCUGUGCAACUUAACUCCUGCUAUGUCCAUGGUGGGGCUGUGGAGAGAGCAUGGGAGAGAGUGAUAGUGAGAGUGAGAGUGAGAGAGAGUGAGAGCGAGAGAGUGAGAGCAAGAGAGGUUGAGAGAGAGAGAGAGAGAUUGAGUGAGAGAUUGAGAGAGAGUGAGAGAGAGAGAGACUGAGAGUGAGACUGAGAGUGAGAGCGAGAGAGAGUGAGAGAGAGAGAGUCCAAGAGUGAGAGAGAGAGAGAGAGAGAGAGAGAUUGAGAGAGCGAGAGAGAGAGGGAGAGCAUGAGUGAGAGAGAGGGAAAAUGUGAGAGAGUGAGCAUGAGAGAGGGAGAGAGAGAACCCACUGACAUAAGAGAGGGCGCAGAGUUAGUUCAGUCAUGUGGGAUCUGGGAUAAAACAAAAAAUUUUAGAAAUACUCAGCAGGACGAGCAACAUUGAUGGAGUAAAAUGCAGGAUUAGACUGAUCGUCAGAACUGAUGAAGGGUCUUUAACCUGCAACAUUAACCGGUUUUCUCUCCCACAGACGCUGACUGACCUGUUGAGUGUUUCCAGUGGGUUUUUGUUUUCAGAUUUCCAGCAUUUUCAAUUUCAGGUCUCUGAUUUUUCAACCGAAUUUCAAAAUGUUGUAGGAUUAAAGCAAAUAGUACAGGAAAGAGGAGGAGAGAACGAGGCAGGAGUAAUUAACCAGCAAUGUGUGAUAGUUCAAGAUGAGGGGGGAAGGAGAAUGGAACAACGGUCUGGACGAGGAACAGCAGCAUGACAGGCUGAUGUUGUUGGGUGUAGGAUGCUAGAAAGUAUCUGCGGUUAAAGGUGAGGCUCUGCUCAUUCCACACUCAUUCAAGUUCUGGAAUAGGGGCUCUGCGACUGUUGCCCUUGGAGGAGAGAAGAUUUAAGGGGUCAGGUCUAAGAACUCAAGGUUGUGGACAUUUCAGGAGAAGCGGUGAGCCCUCAAGGGGGAGGGCCAGCGACCAGAAGUCAUCAGUUUAAACAGGCAGACACGAAGGGAAUUGAUGUACCUCACACAAAGGGUUGCUAUGAUCUGCAGCCCGCUGUUCGAAUACCUGGGCAGUGGGACUCAAUCAGACGAACCAUUCAAGGAGCCAGCAUGUACUUUGAGUGGCUCCUCAAGAGCUUAAAGAAAGUGAAGUUAAUUCUGUGGAAUUCUGAUCCCCAGUUUAGGUCGACAGCCAGGAAAAAUAGCAAAUUUCAAACUAAUUCCCAUUUCUCAAACGGCCUGAAGGACAGUCCUGUCUGGCAGUUUGCCAUUUGCUUUGACUAAAUAAGCAGUGAUGUGGUAGUGGCUUUGCAAUUAUAUCCUUGCACACUACUGUUACCUGCUCGAGUAAACAUAACACUUGCUCAAGUGUGGUGCAGAGCAGGUUGGGCCACGAAGUUAUCCGCGUCCUGUUCACACGGAGGCAGCUGGUCUCAAAUGGCUGGACGCUAGGAGUUUCAGGUGGGAAAGUUGCAUUGCUCUGGGUAGUAGACAUUUACUCCUAUUAGAAAGUACGAACGGAUAUUGAGUAGAAGAAAGGGAUUGUAUCUUAGCAACAAUGCCUUGGUCAAAUAGUUAGGGUUAACACUUCUCUGGUUGCCAAGGAAUGACGAUUAAUGGCCCUGGAAAUGGCGGCAGGCAAGUGAGCUAGACUUUGCAGGAAACCAACUUUAUAAAAGCACAAAAGCUCUUUAAACUGACACAAACCCACAGUAGAACCUUCUGAUUGGACAUGUGAGCUGUUAACACAGGUGGUAUGCACUGAUCUUGGUACCACCUUCUGUUGUACUUUGUACUAAUUUAUGUUUUAUUUAGUUGUAGAGAGGUACUCUGUAAUUAAUGCUCAUUCCUGUGAAUGGUUGAAUGUGAAAUUUGAAUAAAGGUUUGACACUAUUUAGA